UUGAACACUUGAUAUUCAAGUUUUAUCUUUGAGAUCCUCUUUCCCCUUUUGUUUAAUCCCUUAUAGUUGACCUCUCCACUUUGAUUGAAGAGGAAAUUAUGGCAGAAAUAGGAGACAAGUCAGUUGAAAUUCAAUUGGGUUGUGGUCUAGUAGCGGCAAUUUUUCAACGUGGAAAUUGUAAGUCAAUAAAACAACCAGUGUCACAAAUUUCCCAAAAGAAAUUAGCCAAGCCUCAACCAAAACCAUCCUCAAUCACUUCGAGGAAUUCGAUUUCACAAGAUCGGAAACAUGUUAGGAGAUCAACAUCCGAUGGUACACGAAGCAGCUCGAAGACUAACCAAUCGUCUAAUUCUUCGAGCACGAAGAAAAUGUCACAAGUUGUCAACUUGGUGCCCCAUACUCAAAAUCUUCGGAGGCAACCAACAUUCCCGUCGAGUGAUUUGAGCGCGACUGUCAUUAGUCACCAGAAAUCCAUUGCAAAUGGAACGUUGCAUCGUGCUGGAUGUUCCAGCACGGGCAACAUUAUGUUAUUAGGCCAGUUAGGGAAUUUGAAGCAGCAAAAAAGAAUCCAAAAUGUCUCAAUUGAUCAAAAGUCUAUCCUACAGAAAGGCAGAGUCUUGAUGGGGAACAUAGUAAACAAAUUGGAUCCUGAUGUACUCAAGUCCAUAGGAAAUGAGCAUUACAAGCAUGGAAGAUUUGAACAAGCAAUGGCUUUGUAUAAUCAAGCAAUCGCGAUCAAUCCGAAAAAUGCUUGUUAUUUCAGCAACAAAAGUGCAGCAUUGUUGAGUUUAAACCGUCUGAUUGAAGCAGUGAUAGAAUGUAGAGAGGCCAUUCGACUAGACCCUUUCUAUCACAACGCGCAGUAUCGCCUUGCAAGACUAUAUCUCAGAUUAGGAGAAGCAGAGAAAGCAUUGAAUCAUUACGAAAAAUCAGGACCAAAAGUUGACAGAAGGGAUAUUUCUGAGGCUCAAGAUCUUAAAAGAAUCAUCUGCAAUUGUAUAGAAGCUCAUAGGAUGAACAAUUACAUCACAUUACUUAAUGUGAGCAAAAAUGCAUUGUCAUCUGGUGCAGAUUCAGCUCCACAGAUCUUUGCAAUGAGAGCUGAAGCAUUGAUGAAAUUAUAUAGACAUGAGGAGGCAUACACCAUCAUUCAGAAGGGACCUAAUUUCACAACUGAGCUUUGUACUCGCCUUUUCGGAUCAGCUAAAACAGCUUAUUUACUAAUAAUUCGGGCACAAAUUUACACGUUAGUAGGCAGGUUCGACUAUGGAAUAGCUUUAGCUCAUGAGGCUGCCAAAUUAGAUCUCAGCAACGAGAUAAUCGCAAUAUUAAGAAGAAUUAAAGGGUUGGCAACAGCUCGGGUAAAGGGUAACGAGCUUUUUAAGGGAUCGAAAUACACAGAGGCUUGUUCUAUGUAUACAGAAGGACUAGAACAGGAUCCAUUCAAUUCUGUUCUGUUAUUUAACAGAGCAGCUUGUCGAUUCAAGCUAAGACAAUUCGAGAAAGCAGUGGAGGAUUGCACUGCAGCUCUUGUGUUACGUCCUUCGUAUACUAAGGCUAGAUUUCGAAGAGCUGAUUGCUACGUGAAGUUGGAAAGAUGGGAGGCUGCAAUUCAAGAAUUUGAAAUGUUGUUACAAGAAAAACAAGGGGAUGAGGAAGUAAAGAGAGCAUUGAUUGAUGCAAAGAUUCAAUUAGAAAGGGAGAGGGAUGAGGAUCAAAAGCAAAGAAAGCUAUGCAAUAGAUCAUCCAACCUAGUGUUAGUCACUAGCAAUUAAUUUUGUUUUAAUAUUUUGCUUGUUUAUGAAGAAGAUUGAUUUGGUUACUUCAUGUUUAGUAGAUGAAUUGUGCAAUGUAUAUAGCUUCAAGUCAAUGUACCAGUAAAAGAUAUCUUCAAGUAAUCAUUACUAGUAAAUCAUAUAAUACACAAGGAAGAGUUUGUUGGAGUCUCGCCUCGUUUGUGGCAUGGGAAUUUGAUCUCCUCAUUGGAUCUUGGACAAUCACAUCCUCGUAAGCUAGUUUUAAGAGUUGAG